UAGGUGAUGAAGUAUACGUUCCUCAGUUGCUUGCAGUGGCAUCACGUCUGAGGGACACCGCAGAACUGUUCCAAUCAGAUGAGAUGCGCCCAGCUAAUGACCCCAAGGAGCGAGCUCCUAUCAGAGUCAGGAUGCUCAAUGAUGUGCUACAAAGCUUGGAGAAAAGCUUCCUGGUUCAUCGAGCUCCCCCAGGACUUUACAGAAAUAUUCUUUACAAACUAGAUGAAAGGACAAGCCAGUUUUCAGUACUGCUAAAGGCACUGGAGCACUGCAAACUACAUCAGUCAAAUGAGACCAUUCAAGCAGCCUUGUCAGAGGUGCUGAACAGCAUCAAUUCAGCUCAGGUUUACUUCAAAGCAGGACUUGAUGUGUUUGAGACUACCUUAGCUGGAAAGAAAUGAGAGGAUUCUCUGCAUUCUAAGACGUUUGUUUACAACUCGCUAAACAGAAGUUCGACUUGGACCAGAAUUUCUCUGAGGAUGAAACCUUUCUCAACUUUUCUUUCAGUUGGCUCUUAAAGGUACUGCAAUGCGUGUUUUUAUAAAAAUAAAACAGUCUUUUGCACUGUUCACAGUAUAUCUCAAAUGUCUGCUUCUGAAUGUAUAAAACAUAAUGAGAGGGAAUAACACUUAAGAUAUGAUUUUUAGAAGGACAUCUGCUGUAUUUUUAUAUAUAAAAUGUAUUUUUAUGACUAAGAGCUCGAUCUUGCAAAGUACCGAGCACAUCCUG